AUGACCGACGCCUUGGCCUCUCAGCUGAAUAACACUACUUUAGGGGAUGCGAGCUCAGACGCGAAGUGGAAGGAGCAAUUGAAUGUCCCUGCCAAAGAUGCAAGACCACAAACUGAGGAUGUGACUGCUACGAAAGGCUUGGAAUUCGAAGACUUCUACAUCAAACGCGAACUGAUGAUGGGUAUAUUCGAAGCUGGUUUCGAAAAGCCUUCUCCAAUUCAGGAAGAGACGAUACCAGUCGCUCUUACAGGCAGGGAUAUCUUGGCGCGAGCCAAGAAUGGCACGGGAAAAACAGCAGCUUUCGUUAUUCCUACCUUGGAGCGCAUCAAUCCUAAAAGCACCAAGACACAAGCCCUUAUCCUUGUUCCUACAAGAGAGCUGGCGCUCCAAACGUCACAUGUCUGCAAAACUUUGGGAAAGCACCUCGGUAUCAAUGUUAUGGUCACCACAGGAGGUACCGGCUUGAUGGAUGACAUUAUUCGGCUGAACGACGCAGUCCAUAUCCUCGUUGGAACCCCAGGGAGAGUCCUGGACCUGGCCAGCAAAGGGGUUGCUGACCUCUCCGAGUGUCCUACAUUUGUUAUGGACGAGGCUGAUAAGUUGCUGUCACCUGAAUUUACUCCAGUCAUCGAGCAACUACUAUCAUUCCAUCCUAAAGACCGCCAAGUAAUGCUUUUCAGCGCCACCUUCCCGCUUAUUGUGAAGUCAUUCAAGGACAAACACAUGCGCAAUCCGUACGAGAUCAAUCUCAUGGACGAGCUCACUCUCCGUGGAAUCACGCAGUAUUAUGCCUUUGUUGAGGAAAAGCAGAAGGUCCACUGCUUGAACACACUCUUCUCCAAGUUACAAAUCAAUCAAUCUAUUAUCUUCUGCAAUUCUACCAACCGUGUCGAGUUGCUCGCUAAGAAGAUAACGGAACUGGGUUAUUCUUGCUUCUACUCCCAUGCCAGAAUGCUUCAGCAGCAUCGCAAUCGGGUGUUCCACGACUUCAGGAAUGGUGUUUGCCGGAACCUUGUUUGCUCGGAUUUGUUAACUCGAGGUAUUGACAUUCAAGCCGUCAAUGUUGUCAUAAAUUUUGAUUUUCCGAAGAACGCCGAGACUUACCUGCACCGAAUUGGUCGAUCUGGCCGCUUUGGACAUCUUGGUCUUGCUAUCAACCUUAUCAAUUGGGAAGACCGGUUCAAUCUAUAUAAGAUUGAGCAGGAACUUGGAACUGAGAUCCAGCCAAUUCCACAAAACAUCGACAAGAAGCUUUACGUCUAUGACUCACCGGACACAAUUCCACGCCCUAUUGCCAAUCCAUCCCAGCCCCAGAUUACUGCCCAAGCUGCGAAUGCAAACAUUGGUGAGCGUCGUCACAACCACCAUAUGAAUGGUGGGCAGUACCAAUAUGGCAGGGGCCGGGGCUCUUACCGCGGAGGCCGUGGACAAGGCCAGCGUCGCAACAUGCAGAACGAAACCAAGUUUGGCACUCAAGGACAGUCGAGCGGCAAGUCCCACCCAACGCAAGUGUCAUAG